AUGCCUUUGCCUUUUGUAACUUUGAAUCAAGUUGAAAAACAAUGGUUAAAAUUUUCAGCUAAAAAAUCACUUGAUAGUAUGAGGAACUCAGCUUUUCUAUUAAAAAACUUACCAAUUGAAUAUAUGAAAGUUAUCACAGUAUUAUUUAAUAAGUGCGCGUCAAAAGGAAAUGUAUUUGAAGCAAGUAAACAUGCUAAAAUUAUAUGUUUAUCUAAAGACGGUAUGUAUCCAACGGAAGAUAAGCUCAGACCGAUUUCACUUCUGCCUAAUUUGGGGAAGUGGUUUGAACGUUGUAUACAUGAACAAAUACAAGAAUGGUGUAAAGAUAAAGGGAUAUAUACUGAUGAACAAUCAGGCUUCACACCAAAUAGACGUUUACAAUCUCGAAUUCUGUCAAUCUGCGAAGACUUAAAACUAACUGUAGCAGCGAAUAAUCGCCCCGCGUUAUUAAUAUUCGUUGAUUUUCUCUCCGCAUUUGAUAAAAUGUGGUAUCCCGCCUUGAUAGCAAAUUUAGUUGAAUUAGAUAUGCCAUUACCAUUGAUAAAAUGGAUUUAUCAAUGGCUUCAAGAAAGAACUAUGAGUAUACAUCAUGGAGAUUCACAAUCGAAAACCGUUAAACUAUACGUAGGUGCACCACAAGGUUCAGUUCUAGCUGCAACACUCUUUAGAAUACAUAUUCACUUCCUUCCUCAAUAUUUUUUUCGUUUUUGUACGCAUUUAUUUGCCGAUGAUGUAGCGAUUCUUUUAAAAGGUUCAUUAGAAAAAAAGCUAUCUCAAAAUAUAAUUGAACUAGAAAAACAAGCUAAAAUAGCAAUGCAUAUCCUAUUAUCCUUUUCAGAAAAUCAUUUAUUACCUGUGAACGUGAAAAAAACAAAAGCAAUGUUAGUACAUAGUGCAGUAUCUCCAAGUCAACCGAAAAUAUUUUUCCAAAAUCAACAGAUUGAUUUCGUACAAAAUUUUAAAUACCUAGGGAAAUGUUUAUAA